AUGAUGAGAAGCAAGUCUGCGCAGAAAUUAGUCGAUCGUCUGCAGGAAUUGACAACACAAGAUCUGGCGAGCCCCUCCCCGCAGACCCAUUUUGAGCUUCUUCAGACAAUCGACCAACUGCGACUGGCGAUCGAGACCCCGGAAGAGACUGUUCUGCGUUUGGUCUACCAGCCCCCCCAAAAUGCUGCGCUGCGCUCUGUGAUGGAUUUGGGCAUCUUUCAAAUCCUGACUGAAAAAGCUCAUCGCAUGCAAGGUGUAUCGGCUUUUCAACUCGCACGGUACACCGCCGCAGAUGAGGGUUUGAUUGCUCGACUGAUGCGUCUGAUGACAUCCCUUGGACUUUGCAGUACCGUUGCACCUAAUGUCUACCGAGCCAAUGAAAAGACCACGGCCUUGAAUGAGCCAAUUGGCCACGACGGAGUGCCAUGCAUUUACGAUCUCACCGUUCCAACGCUGAGCAAACUUCCGGAAUAUCUGCGAGCUCAUCACUACGCCAAUCCUGACGACUACGCACAAUCACCCAUGCGAUGGGUGGUGGGCCAGAGUCAAUUUGAAUGGUUAGCUGACCAUCGAGACCAACAAGCGCGCUUCAACUCGUACAUGGCUAGCCGUAGACAGGGCAGACCCAUGUGGUUUGACACCUACCCAGUGGAGCGAUUGCUCGAUACCGUCCAGCCCUUCGCCGAUAAUGUCCUGUUGGUAGACAUUGGGGGUAAUCAGGGUCAUGACCUGACUCAAUUCCGCAAGACAUAUCCCCAUGUGCCCGGUCGGUUGGUCCUCCAGGAUCUGCCUGAGGUUGUCAACAAGUCAUUGUGCUCAGGGCCGAGUAUUGAAGUCAUGCCGUACAAUUUUCUGGAUGCUCAGCCAGUUCGGGGUGCUCGGGCAUACUACUUCCGCGCUGUCUUCCACGAUUGGCCUGAUCACAUCUGUCAGCGAAUUCUGCGCAACACCGUGACUGCCAUGGUUCCGGGUGUCUCCCGGAUCCUUAUCGUUGACUUGGUCCUGCCAGAUGUUGACGCGCCUCUUUUCCAGGCCUCCUUGGACAUUCAGAUGAUGAGCAUUGGUGCCGGGAUUGAACGAUCAGAAACUCAAUGGCGGAACCUUCUUUGGAGUGUGGGGUUGGAAAUCAAUGGCAUUUGGAACCACAGUCCGGGCAUGGAGUCUGUGAUUGAGGCUGUCCACAUGGGUGAUCGGGCCGACUGA